AUGGUGCACGCCAGAGGUGUACCGUCGCUGCGCCUGGUGCAAGAACUCGUUGGUGGACGAGAACUGGGCCAGGGGAAGCAGCUCCGCAGCCGGCGCCAGCCCCUCGCUCUGGUUCCCCACCCGCCGAAGGGCCUCCCGGAGGACAACCACGUCGGCGUCGUCCAGACUGACGCCAAGCACGUCGCAGAGCUCCUCCUCGAGAGUGAGAAGGGGCUGGCAAGGAAGCGGGUGGCCAGCGCGGCGGCAGACGUCGCCUCGCAGCAGGUCGCCUGGCAGCUGCUCGCCUGGCAGCUGCUCGCCUGGCAGCUGCUCGCCUGGCAGCUGCUCGCCUGGCAGCUGCUCGCCUGGCAGCUGCUCGCCUGGCAGCUGCUCGCCUGGCAGCUGCUCGCCUGGCAGCUGCUCGCCUGGCAGCUGCUCGCCUGGCAGCUGCUCGCCUGGCAGCUGCUCGCCUGGCAGCUGCUCGCCUGGCAGCUGCUCGCCUGGCAGCUGCUCGCCUGGCAGCUGCUCGCCUGGCAGCUGCUCGCCUGGCAGCUGCUCGCCUGGCAGCUGCUCGCCUGGCAGCUGCUCGCCUGGCAGCUGCUCGCCUGGCAGCUGCUCGCCUGGCAGCUGCUCGCCUCGCAGCUGCUCGCCUCGCAGCUGCUCGCCUCGCAGCUGCUCGCCUCGCAGCUGCUCGCCUCGCAGCUGCUCGCCUCGCGGUGCGCCCGGCGGUCGAGCUGA